CCCCCGCUUGCCUGCGCGAACCGCCAGUUGCUUAGCGCAGAGAGUCAUCCCUCCCAGUCCCCAGACACACAAAGAAUAAAGAGAGGAGUCAAGAAGGGAACGGAGCGACCUCUUGCUUUGUACGCGCGGCGCGGGGCACUGGAAUUAACAGAGCGGGAGCGGUACGCGCGCAGCUGGCCAUGAGCCCGGGCCGCGCCCGGCCGGGAGCUGGUAGCCGCCGCCCCGCCCGCGCCGCCGCGCUGUUGCUCCUCCUCCUGCUGGCAGUGUCCACCGGCGGACGCGGGUCCACGGAGGCAGAGGAGACCGAGGAGGAGCCGGUGGACUACGGGGCGGCGCUGUCCAAGAGCCUGCUCUACUUCGAGGCGCAGAGGUCGGGGCGGCUGCCGCACAACCAGCGCGUGCCGUGGCGGGGCCACUCGGGCCUCACCGACGGGCUGCAGCAGGGGGUGGACCUCGUCGGCGGGUACUACGACGCCGGCGACCACGUCAAGUUCGGCCUGCCCAUGGCCUUCACCGUCACCAUGCUCUCCUGGGGCGCCAUCGAGUUCGCCGACGACAUCGCUGCCGGCGGCGAGUGGGGCCACGCGCUCGAGGCCAUCAAGUGGGGCACCGACUACUUCGUCAAGGCGCACACCGAGCCCUUCGUCUACUGGGCCGAGGUGGGGGACGGCGACACGGACCACUACUGCUGGCAGCGGCCGGAGGACAUGACGACGUCGCGGCAGGCGUACCGGAUCGACAAGGACAACCCCGGCUCCGACCUCGCCGGCGAGACCGCCGCCGCCCUCGCCGCCGCGUCCAUCGUCUUCCGUCGCUCCAACCCGCAUUACUCCCACCUCCUCCUCCACCACGCGCAGCAGCUGUUCGAGUUCGGGGACAGGUACCGGGGCACGUACGACAGCAGCAUCGCGGAGGUGCGGAGCUACUACGCGUCGGUGAGCGGGUACCGCGACGAGCUGCUGUGGGCGGCGCUGUGGCUGCACCGCGCCACCGGCCGCGAGGAGUACCUCCGCUACGCCGUCGACAAGGCCGACUGCUUCGGAGGCGUCGGCUGGGCCAUGACCGAGUUCAGCUGGGACGUCAAGUACGCCGGCGUCCAGGUCCUCGCGACCAAGCUUCUGCUCGAGGGCGAUCCGGGAGCGGCGGAGCACCGGGCGGUGCUGGAGCAGUACAAGGCGAAGGCGGAGCACUACCUGUGCGCGUGCCUGGGCCGGAACGGCAACGGCAGCGACGUGGACCGCAGCCCCGGCGGGAUGCUCUACGUGCGCCAGUGGAACAACCUCCAGUACGUCUCCAGCGCCGCCUUCCUCCUCACCGCCUACUCCAGCUACCUCUCAAACUCCGGCGCCCACCUCCUCCGCUGCCCCGCCGGAUCAGUGCCGCCGUCCGAGCUGCUGUCCCUGGCGCGGUCGCAGGCCGACUACAUCCUCGGCCGCAACCCUCUGCGGCUGAGCUACAUGGUCGGCUACGGCCGCCGGUUCCCCGUGCGCGUGCACCACCGCGGCGCCUCCAUCGUCGCGCACAAGGCCAACAGCCGCUUCAUCGGCUGCAUGCAGGGGUUCGAUGACUGGUUCGGCCGCGGGCGGGCCAACCCCAACGUGCUCGCCGGCGCCAUCGUCGGCGGGCCCAACUGCCGCGACGAGUUCCGGGACGACCGCGGGAACUACAUGCAGACCGAGGCCUGCACGUACAACACCGCGCCCAUGGUCGGCGUCUUAGCCAGGCUGCACCGCCUGACGGGGAUGGCAGCUGACGGUUGCCGGCGGGGGACGACGGCGGAGUGUAGAUAAAAGGGUGGCCGUGGAGGGGGUGGAAAAUUCUUUUUUCUUACUCCCAUAUAAUUACAUUUUUUUGAAGUGUUAAUAUGAGAGAAAGAUAAAGAAAGAGAGUUUUGAUUAGUGAAAGAAAGAACAGAAACCAAUAGUGGAGCAAUAAUGAGGAGAAAAGGGUGUGCAAAAUUAACUGUAUUUUUAAUCUAGGUGUCCCAGAAUUGAUGGAAGCAAACUGAAAAGAACUGUAAUAUUUACUGGAACAAUAGUAGAUUUAUAUACCA